CGACGAUUAUCCACAGUGUCGGAACGACUCGUUUCAUUAGGAAUUUACGUUUCGACAGAUUAUAUCUGGAAACUUUGUUUCGUUCGAUCAUUUCUAAAUACGAUCCGCAGAAAUGAAGGAAAAGUCAAUGUUACGAUACCGGAUCGUGCAUUAGUGUUGUGAAGUAUUUGAGACGUUUGUGGGCAACAUAGCAAACUUGACACAGUGUAUUCGAUUAUGCAAAAAUGGCAUAUGAAAGAAGGAGUAUCGAGGAGACGACACCUCUUCUCGGGAGGAACGUAGAAUCUGGAUUGAAUUUAAAGCAGUAUAUCAUACGAAGGAUACCGAUCCUAGAAUGGCUACCUCGAUACAAUUUAUCAAAAUUCCUGCAGGACUUUUUGGCAGGAUUGACCGUCGGUUUGACUGUUAUACCGCAAGGUAUAGCUUAUGCAAUUAUAGCUGGACUGCCAGCCCAGUAUGGCCUGUACAGCAGUUUCAUGGGGUGUUUCGUGUACGUGGUAUUCGGUAGCUGCAAAGAGAUCACCGUGGGACCUACGGCUAUAAUGGCACUGUUAUCGCAAUCCCAUGUUAUAAAUCUUGGAGCUGACGUUGCUGUACUCCUCUGCUUCUUAUCAGGUUGCGUAAUCUCGAUCAUGGGGCUGCUUCAUCUAGGAUUCCUCGUUGAAUUCGUUAGCAUGCCAGUGAUUUCGGGCUUCACUAACGCGGCUGCUAUAAUAAUUGGAACAUCUCAGUUGGGUACCCUUCUUGGUUUAACAGGAAAAAGUGACUCGUUCAUCGACGCGGUUGUUAAAGUUGCGGACCAUCUGAACGAUAUCAGAUUGUGGGAUACAGUUCUAGGAGUCUGUUCUAUGAUUCUACUCGUAGGUCUUAAAAAAUUGCGAGGAAAGAAAAAUGGAACAUGGUGGCAGAAAUUGAUGUGGGUAACGUCGUUGGCGAGAAACGCGGUGGUUGUCGUCAUUGGGAUAAUAUUAAGUUAUUCGUUGUUCUCUCACGGCAUUAAACCGUUCAGAAUUACUGGAAAUAUUACGAAAGGUUUACCACCGUUCGCUCCUCCGCCAUUUUCAAUCGUGAAAGGGAAUAAGACUUAUGAUUUCAAGGAGAUAGUCGGUGAACUGGGAAGCACCACCAUUUCCGUUCCACUAAUCGCCAUUUUGGAGAGCAUUGCCAUUGCCAAAGCGUUUGCAAAAGGAAAAACGGUGGAUGCUAAUCAAGAGAUGCUGGCUUUGGGACUUUGUAAUAUUUUCGGAAGCUUUUCACGAUCAAUGCCAAGCACGGGGAGCUUCACAAGAACAGCCGUAAACAACGCUUCGGGUGUAAAAACACCGAUGGGUGGAGUAAUUACCGGAUGCUUCGUACUUUUAGCCUGCGGCCUUCUGACCUCGACAUUCGAAUACAUUCCGAAAGCAACUCUUGCCGCAGUGAUUAUAGUCGCCAUGUACUAUAUGGUGGAAUUUAAAAUCUUCAGCGUCCUUUGGAGAACGAAAAAGAUCGAUUUGAUACCUUUGACGGUGACUUUGUUCAGCUGCUUGGCAAUCGGUCCAGAAUACGGGAUGAUUGCUGGGAUCGCGGUAAAUCUAAUUCUGCUGCUCUAUUUCGCGGCCAGACCGGGAUUACUGAUCGAGGAACGAGUUAUCGAUGGACUGAAGAUUCUCUUCGUAUCGCCGAAACAAUCAUUGAGUUAUCCAGCUGCUGAAUAUCUACGGGAACAAGUGAUGUCCUGGUGCGACAGGAGAGCAGAAACGAUACCAGUGAUAGUGGAAGGUCGUCACGUGGUGAGAAUCGAUGCAACUGUCGCGAAGAACCUUGCUUUGCUUUCGACGGACCUGAAGGCGAGGGAGCAAAAGCUGAUGUUCUGGAACUGGUGCGAGGAACCAAGGCGGACUUUAAUACGCUACGACGCUACCCUGACGAUGUCCUUCAGAAAUUCUGGCAGCAUAGCUCAAGUAUUUUCAGCCGAAAUCGCGUCGUCGCACGUUCCUCGCUCGACAUGAAAUCCGGGAUCAAACGUACUACGCGAAAGCUACAGAUCUUUCAUUUUAUCUAACGAAGACACGCUGAACCUACACCGUGUCAGUUAUGACACCACGUCCUUGCCAAAGCAUGGACUCUUUCUAUACGAAGAGACAGACACACGAAAUGAAAUUUCCAUUCUUCUUUCUUCCUCUACCUUUAAUAAUAAUAUAUAGGCAUUGCAGUUUCUCCCAAAGCUGUUUCUGUAUAGUAUAAUAUUUAAAUACAAGAUUCAAAAGUA